AUGGCAGCGAAUUACCCUUUAUCAAAUUUCAAGGGGAUAGAUAUCGUGCCUUCAUUUCCGGUGGAUACUCAUCCAUCGAACACGACGUUCGAGGCGGUAGAUAUUACGGAAGGGUUACCAUACCCUGGUAAUAGAUUUGAUUUUAUCAACGUUAGAUUCUUGUUUAGCUUGAUACCCGAAAAAUAUAUUAAAUUUAUAUUCAACGAGUUUAAGAGAGUUUUAAAACCUGGCGGAUGGUUAGAGGUCAUGGAUUACAAUUCUGAUCUAAUAAAUCCUGGGCCAGCUCAAAGAAUUUUCUAUAACAAAUAUCAAGCGUUAUAUCGUCAACGAGGUAUCAAUUUUUUCUUUAUCAGUGAGCUUCCUAGAUAUCUUCCCAACCACGAUUUUAUUGAAAUUCACAAUGAGGGAAAGACAACAUUUUUAGGAAAGAGGGGUGGAAUUAUCGGUGAAUCGUGUGUUGAAAAUUGGGCGUCGGUUUAUUUAACAUUAAAAAAUUCACUGGCUGAAUUUUCAUGUAUGAGUACCGAAGAUUAUAAUCAAUUAGUGGAAGACUUUAAAAAGGAAUCAAGCGAAUAUCAUACCGCGUUUAGAAUGAGCAGGACCUUUGCGCAGAAACCUCGAAAUAAAAUAUUAUAA